CUAUGCGGCAUGGCGGACGAGGCCACAAGUCAUACGCCGGCCGAAGGUCAUCCGGCUCUCACACCAAGGAGCAGAACAGAUGUCAGCGAUCUCCGUGCAGAGGAAAAGGACGAGGCGGAUCCGACAUCUGCGUCCGAGCUGGACGAGGGUGACGCCGCCGGCACGGUCAGCGAGAAAGCCCUGCUUCGCAAAAUCGACUGGCGGCUUCUGCCUGCGGUCGGGGUGCUCUACUUACUUUCCUUCCUGGAUCGCAGCAAUGUCGGCAACGCGCGCAUCGAGGGCCUAGCCGACGACCUCGGUAUGACGGGCAACCAGUACCUCACUGGACUCACGUUAUACUUCAUCGGAUAUGUCAUCUUCGAGGUCCCAUGCAACAUCAUCCUCAAGCGGACCACGCCCCGGUUUUGGCUGCCGACCUUGACUGUCCUGUGGGGGAUCGUCGCCACACUGAUGGGGGUGGUGCAGAAUCUCGAGGACUUCUUUGUCGCCCGCUUCUUCCUGGGCGUCACCGAGUCGGGCCUAUUCCCGGGGACCGUGUAUUACUUCUCCAUGUGGUACAAGCGGCGCGAGAGGCAGUUCCGCAUCUCGUUAUUCUUUGGCGCUGCUGCCCUUGCUGGGUCCUUUGGGGGUAUCUUGGCCUAUGGAAUCGGACAUAUGGCGGGCGUCGUGUGGCAGAACGGCUGGCGAUGGAUCUUCAUUCUCGAAGGCAUAGUGACGGUUGUGGUUGCUGUGGCGGCGUUUUGGUUCGUCCACAACUAUCCGGACACGGCCAAGUUCCUCUCCGACAAGGAGCGCAGCCUUGUGCGCAGCCGUCUCGCCGCGGACAGUGAUGCCACCCACGACGAGGGCUUUACCUGGGCUAACGUCAGCAAGGCGCUGCGCGACCCAAAGUGCUGGUUGUACGGGAUGGGCUUCCACGCCAUGAGUCUGCCGCUCUACACUUUUUCUCUGUUUCUGCCAACCAUCAUUAAAGAUCUCGGGUACACGGCUGCCAAGGCGCAACUCCUGACCAUUCCCCCUUAUGCCUUCGCGUUCGCGACAACCAUGGGCGUGGCAACCGUCUCGGAACGGGUCGGGAAGCGCGCGGUGCCUCUGAUCUGCUCCGCGCUGUUCGCCAUUAUCGGCUAUGUCAUCCUCCUGGCCAACGCUGACCCAAAAGCGCGGCCGGGCAUUUCGUACUUGGGCACCUUCUUCGCGGCCGGCGGGAUCUACCCGGCGACAGCACUCUCUCUCUCCUGGCCGGCCAUCAACGUGUCUGGCCAGACGAAAAGAGCCGUGGCCAACGCGAUGCAGAUCAGCAUCGGCAACCUCGGCGCCGUGCUGGGCACGCAGCUCUAUCGCACCGAGACGGGCCCCCGCUACGUAGUUGGCCACAGCUUUGCGCUGGGCUAUCUGGUCGGGGAGGUUGUGGUUUCCUCGCUGCUUUACUUUGUCCUGAAACGGGAGAACAAGCGGCGCAGGCACAUUGCGCCCGAGGUCAACGAGGUGGGCGAUUUGGCGGACUGGAGCGGGGAUGAUGACCCCCGGUGGCGCUUCCAGUUUUAAUGAUUAAAACCAGGGUUGGUUCAAGGAAUGAGUACCUAGUACCUAUGC